GGAGUCAUUAACGGGACGCAGCCUCACGGAGACCUUAACGGGACGCAGCCAUUAGCGGGACGCAGCCCGAAGGAGACAUUCCUCUGCUAGCUAGCUCCGGCUCCCUCCGCUUAGUUUACAUCACAGACCUGUUGAUAGCGCUUAGCAGCAUUAGCAUCCCAUUCUAUCUUGGUCAUAUUACUACCCCCCCUCCUUUACGAGCAGCAGGGUUUUAAAGGCGGUCUUGUGUACAUGGAGUCCCUGUCGGAACGGUCUGUGAGGAUUCUGCUGGAGAGCUACAGCUAAUGCUAGCGCUAAUGCUAGCAGAGACACCGCUUGACUUUUAGCAGGAGCAGCUAGUUAGCCUGGCUAGCUCUCCCCUCCACAGCUGCUGGUUAGCUCUGCUAGUUCUCCCCUCCACAGCUGCUGGUUAGCUUUGCUAGCUCUCCCCUCCACAGCUGCUGGUUAGCUAGGCUAGCUCUCCCCUCCACAGCUGCUGGUUAGCUAGGCUAGCCGCUCUCCACAUCUGGAUCCUCAUUGUUUGCACCAUGGGCGUCAUCUUCGCCAAGCUGUGGAGCUUCUUCUGUGACCAAGAACACAAAGUGAUCAUUGUUGGGUUGGACAAUGCAGGAAAGACCACCAUACUCUACCAGUUUCUGAUGAACGAGGUGGUCCACACGUCGCCCACCAUAGGCAGCAACGUGGAGGAGAUCGUAGUGAAGAACACACACUUCCUCAUGUGGGACAUCGGCGGGCAGGAGUCACUCCGCUCCUCCUGGAACACCUACUACUCCAAUACUGAGUUUAUCAUCCUGGUGGUGGACAGCACAGACCGAGAGCGGCUGGUCAUCUCUAAAGAAGAACUGUACCGCAUGCUGGCCAACGAGGAUCUGCGUAAGGCUGCGGUUCUGAUCCUGGCCAACAAGCAGGACAUGAAGGGCUGCAUGUCUGCAGCGGAGAUCUCCAAGUACCUCAGCCUGAGCACCAUCAAGGACCACCCCUGGCACAUCCAGUCCUGCUGCGCCCUGACCGGGGAGGGGUUGUGUCAGGGUCUGGAGUGGAUGAGCUCCCGGGCCGGUCUCAGAUAGCCCCGCCCGCCCCCCCCCCGGAGAGCUGGAGGAGAGAUAGGAAAAUGAAAUAAAGGAUCACCUUUGACCUCUAGAGACUAAAUAGGAAGACCUGACCUGAUGAUGGAGCUGCUAUUCUCAUCCUCGUCGACCAAUGGGAGAGGAGGAGCCAACACUACAUACAUAUCAUGUUGUCAUGGAAGCCAGGGCCGGGCGGGCCGGCUUUGAUCGGUGGAAUCACGUUACAUUAAGUUCUCUCGGACAUCGGUGCUUACAGAGCCAUUUCAUAAGCUACGUUCAUGUGGUGCAUUAUGGGUAAACGAUUACAUACCUUCCGUACUCAUUCCAGCAGCUUUGGCGUGCAUGCUAGGUCGUCACACGCACACACACACACACACACACGCACAUGCACUAGAUCAUAAUACACAUUAAGUCAUAGCACAUACACAGUUGUUAAACAGACCCAUUAAGUAUCUACACACACACACCUGGGUCCACACUAAUAAGUUGGUGGUGUGUUAUACCAAAACAAGGGUGUAACACACAUACAGGGGUCACACACACACACACACACGGGGGUGUUAUACACAUGCUAGAUGAUAUCACAUAUCUGGUAGGCCAUUCAACACUUUCGAACAUAACAAAGCUUAUUUCAACAGUAUUUUAAUUUUAGUCAAAUGUUGCUAAAUAUGAUUUGAUGUAUUUUCAUUUUGAUUAAGAUGUUUGCCUUUUUAAUAAUCUUUUAUGAUGCAGGUUUAUAUCACACAGACCUAUGUGUUAUUACAUGUCAUUUGCUUCUAGAUGCCUUUAGGUGUGUGUGUGUGUGUGUGUGUGUGUGUGUGUGUGUGUGUGUGUGUGUGUGUGUGUGUGUGUGUGUGUGUGUGUGUGUGUGUGUGUGUGUGUGUGUGUGUGUGUGUGUGUGACUCAGUCCAGGUUAAUGUUCUCAACAUGUUCAAAGUAUUUUUACACGCUGAUGAGGACCAUCUGGACUCAACAGCCAGGAGAGUCUGACCGUGUGUGACCGUGGUCAUGCAUUUGUUUUUAAUAAAACUUUUAUUUUGAAUCUUAAU